UAGUAGUUAGUAGCGAGUCCUUAAACUUUAGUUUAUUGUUUACCCUUUGAAGUGUUGGGAGCGCCCCUACUCAACAAUUCCAUUAUUAAAGUUCAUUUCAUAAAUAGAAUAAAUGUUAAAAGCAAUGUUACAUACGGCACGUGUUCAUAUUCCAAAAUCGCACGAAUGUAAUGUUUAUGGUAAAUCAACCAAAUACCGGUCUAAAUCGGCAAAUCCACCAACGACACGCCCUUUCGCAAACUAUUCUGCACAACGGGCCCGUUGUGUACCACCAUUUUCAGUGCAAUCGAUGCAGAAAAAUACUGUGGUUGUACAUGGACCAAUAGAUGAGCCACCAGCACCCGCGAGCGCACGGGGAAAAGUGAAUGGAAAAAAUUUGAACGGCAGCAAAAAGAAAACCAUUUCCACUUUACAAUUGGAUUUGGGCGGAAGCAAUUUCAACGGUGGUGAUAGUCACAGGCGUUCUACAACAACAUUUCGCAUGUAUUUUGAUCGUGGGGAUCUGCCUAUAAAAAUGGAGUAUUUAUGUGGAGGUGAUAAAAUUGGUUGGACGGUGGAUAUUGACAAACUCGACUACAGCCUCUACUUGCCGCUCUUCUUUGACGGUCUGUCUGAGACCCAGCACCCCUAUAAGACAUAUGCUCGUCAAGGUGUUACAGAUUUAUUGGUUGCUGGUGGCGAGAAAAUUCAUCCCGUUGUACCGCAAUUAAUAUUACCACUUAAGAAUGCACUUAGCACACGCAAUUUGGAGGUUAUGUGCACAACUUUAAAAAUAAUACAACAACUUGUUAUAUCUUCCGAUAUGGUGGGUCCAGCUUUGGUGCCGUUUUAUCGACAAUUGCUGCCCAUGUUUAAUGCUUUCAAGGUGAAAAACGUGAAUUGCGGCGAUGAAAUAGACUACGCUCAACGCACCAAUAUGAAUCUCGGAGAUCUCAUCGAUGAGACCUUACAAGUGUUGGAGUUACAUGGCGGCGAAGAUGCUUUCAUAAAUAUCAAAUAUAUGGUGCCCACUUAUGAGUCCUGUUAUUUGAAUUGAAUUACGUCAAUAUUGAAUUAUUUUCUUAUACCUAUUUGUAUGUAAAAAAACUUAUUAGAAAAUCAAAUGCGUUUU